AUGGUGCGUCAACCUAAGAAGCUGACGGACUGUCCGGAAAAUCUCCGGGAGUCCAUCGACUGGUUGAUCCAGGUUAAGCAUGGGAAUGGUAAUGAUGGUCUUGGGAAGUUGGCUGAGGCUUUGAGAAAGUUGAUUGGUGACGCUAUUUCUAGUGCUACAACUUCCCUCCAACACAAAUCUCAAAAGCUCUCUUGCUCCCCAAAUCCACAAGAUCCCAACUCCUACUGUAAUGAGCUUGAUAAGCACAUUAAGUCCAACCAACAAAAACUUAAUGAAGCUAAAAACACUAAUAAAGACUCUAAUAAAUCUCUAAUAUCCUCUUUAGAAUCACAAAUCAAUGACUUAAAGUCUAAAAAAGAUGACUGCACUAAGUCCCAUUACAUGGAUGAGCAGCGUGCGUCCUCCCUUGAGGAGGAAGUGCAUCAUGGCAUUGAUGUUAUAGUGAAGCUUACACAGUUUAGUGGCUCUGAAAAGAGCAUUGAAACACUAAUUAAUAAAGAAAUUGAGAGGCUUGAAAAGCAGCAUAAAGACUGUGAAAACUGUCAAAAGUCUCAUCCCUCUUCUGACUGUCCCCAGCAUAAGAAGCUUGAGGAGCUUAGAAAGAAACUUGAGACAUUGCAACAGAAUAAUAAAAAUAGUCCACGUGAUUUAUUAAAUAACCUUUGCACAGGCCUCGAAAAAUUUCUCGGCUACGAGAAUGGUAAUUACACCGGAGAGGGAAUUGUGUACUCGGACCUUGACAGGCUCUGCGACGGGGUGAUGGCGUUCCUUCAUGGAGUUCUUGAGAGUGUGAAAGAUGAUGAUAACGUUACAACUUAUGAUAAUAAUCAUGAUAUUAACAAUGUUAUUCGCAUUUUACAUGAUAGUGUAGGUAAAGGCCGUGAGGCCUUCGGGAAGGCGUUGACUCAGGUUCGACGUAAAUAUGUUCAAGAAGUUACAAGUCAAGAGAGCAAGCCACUCAAGGAGCAACUGACCAAGUGGACCAAGACUGUCGAGGACAUUGAUACUCACAUUAACGACAACAUAAUCACUAAUGUUGAUAAAUUAGACCCCGCACUUAGCGAUAAGAUUAAGCGUAAUAUUGAGCCCGUGCAGAAGGUGGUGGCGCACUUGGGGGGGGUGGGCAGGGACCCAAACUUCACUGGGCACCCAGAGUUCGUUGAUGAACAACUUAGGAUUCAGAGGGAGAAUGUUGAGAGAGUUGUUAAUGUGGAAUGUGAAGAACUUCAGCGUAAAGUACAACUCGACUUUGCCAAAAUAUUCGAGCAAAGUAAACGUCUCAGUCGGAAAAGAGAAGAAGAGUUUGGCUAUGUAAGGUAUGCUGUAAAGCAGGCUAGGGAUGCUUUCAUUGAAGAUUUUGAAGGAAAAUAUAAAAGCGAGAUUGAGCGUUAUUUCAUGAAAAUAGAAGAGACAAUGACGGCGAUUGAUACUCAAAAUACAACUGGUGGAAACUCUCAGCUUCACAAGUUAGCUACUAAAAUCAAGGAUGCACUUGACGCCCUUGACGGUCAACUUAACAAAGGCGCCAAUGCAAUCGGUGGUGCCAUUGAUUUCGCUGUAACUGAAGUCAAUAUUGCGCUUCGGGAUUUGGAUGGGAAAGUGAUGGAGGAUUUGAGACAGCUGGAAAGUGGGAUUACUGUGACACUUAAUCCACUUGUGGAGAAGUCGGUGUCAUUUUUCGCCACCUUUAAAAAAACAAAAAACGCAAUUGAGGUGGCAAUUGACGCAGUAUCGACGGACAUUAAGAAGUUUAAGGAUCUUACGAAUCUCGACACUUUUAAAAACAGCGCUGCACCGCUUCUAAAUGCAAUUGGUUUAGAUGGCAAGAAUGCCUUCGAAAAACUUAUAGCAUAUUUCAACGAUAUUAGUGCUAAGGUUAUGACGCCUUUGAAGGAUGUGAUAGGGGCGAUUGGUGAGGGCAUUAGAGUCGGUGGCAUUAUGAGAACAGAGCUGCUGAAGACUGCAAUUAGGCAGUCUGAAGCGCAGCUUAAAGAGAUUCAAAAGCUUGUUGAUGGGUCCAUUAGUAAUCUCGACAUCACGGCAAUUCCACUCGACGGCAAGGCGAUCAAAAUCGAAGGCGUCACCAAACUUAGUGAAACUCUCAAAUCUCAAAUACCCAAGCUCAUUGCUACGAUUCAGAAAAUUACGGGAAGUGGAGGCAGAUUAGAAGCGGAAGCGGUGAAGAACCUCCUCAAAGAAAUUGCCAAAAUACCCCAUGCCGUCGCCAUGCAUUGCCAUCUAGUAGUCCAAAAAGUCAUGGAUAAAAUUAGAAGUCAAAUUAAGCAAGAAAUUACCAGUGUGGCUGGAAUCGUUGAGGAGAAGGUUACGCAGUGUUCCAAUCUUCUUGAGAAUAAGGAAGUUAACGGACAAGGCGGCGUUGUGGAUAAAAUCACCGGCCUUCAGAAACUGGUGAACGAGUUUGAUGGUAGAAUCAAGCAGGAACUGCAGAUUCUAAAAUAUAAAGUUGAUGCAGCUUUUAAGAAAAAGACGACGGGUGUUGGUGUAGAUUCGAAAAAUUAUAAUCUUGAAACUAUAAUGCAGGAUUAUCACAAUCACGCUCAUGGAAAAGAUUCCACCUCCCUUAAGGCCAAAAUUGCCGCCAUCAAAACACACCUUCAAAAUCAUUUUCCCACCGGCAUAAUACCCAGUGGCUCGAAAUUCAACCUCACAAACAAUGGCCCAUUUCACGAAUAUAAGGGCAAUAAGGAUGCCGCCCUCGCCUCAAUAGAAAGCAUCCUCCAGAAAAUCAAAGAGCUUGAAAACCUUCCGGACAGUGUUCGGGAAAAUAAAUACGCGGCAAACGAAAUAAUGCAAGAUUUGAAAACGAAACUGAAAGAGAAAAUUAAGUACAUUGAGGAAAAAGUCAAGGACGCUGACAACGCAUUGGACAGGGGCAUAGAAGCCGUAGACAAAGUAGUUAAUGCAGCCCAAAAAUUUACUCAAAAUGCAAUUGAAGAUCACAGAAAUGCUAUUAUUAAAAGAGCACGAGAAGCAUUCAAAUUCAUCACCUCCGCCGUCCACUCCCUCUUCUCCGCCUCCCACGCCGCCGACCUCCAGGCCCUGCGCGCGCUCGUCGACCAGCAACUGCGGGAAGUGCAAAAAAUAAUCGACACGGACGCAGUCACGGGCGUGAAGGGUCUUUUACAAGGUUUGAAUGGUAUGAGGUUUGGCAUAAAUAAAUAUGGCGUACCACAAUUUACGACGUCUCCAGACAAGAAUCUGCUUCAGCAAAUUAAAAAAGAAGCAGAGUCUCAUCAGUCAAAUACACCAAUUAAGGACACUUUCACGAAAUUAGCAAAAGCGUUCCACUCAUACUUCACUCCAAUUCAUAGCCAUAUUGAGCGUCAGAUCAAGGAGCAACUUGAAAAGUUGCCUGACGACAAGCGUACCGAUGAGAACCUUAAUAACCUUAACACUGUUAACUCUAAUUUUGACAUAUUACUUAAUCACCUAAAAGCAGAAGUAACAUCACCUAGACACUACAUUUUCGAUUACACUUUUGAUGGCCACCUAAAUAAGCUCAUUUCCUCCCUCACCUCUCUAGCCCCUUCCCAAUUCGCAAACCUGCGGCACCCGGAACUGCUGGACGCCGUAGGAAAAGGGCUGCAGAGAUUUACCGACGAGCUCAAGAAGGCGUACGUGAAUACGUAUGAUGGAGGGGAGGAAAUCACUUGGCGGAAACAAGGCACUACAGCAACCGUGUACACUACUCAUGUCAGCUAUAAUACUGAGUUGACUGAGGAAAGCCAAAAGGGCGCUAGAGUAUUCCUCACCAUCCUUAAAAUGCUGUGUCGCGAUUUACAUAAAUUGGAAGAUGACUGCGGUGGGAAGUGGAAAACAAAACAUAUAUGUGAAGAUGAAAAUGACGAAAAAUCGCUGGGUUCAUUCCUCAAGCGUCUCGGAUACCAAGUAGCCAAAAAUCAAGCUUCCAAGGAAGGCGAAUUGAAAUUAUCGGUGAAUGAUUAUAAAGGUCUGGACGUUCACAAGAAGCUGAAAGAAGAACUUCAGAAUGCCGCCAAAAAUAUUGCACAUAUUACAGACUGUUUAUCACCUAAAAAAUCAUUUGACGUCUUAGACAUCCUUAAAUCCAUGCUCUGUGUAUGA